AUGGCCGGCCCUAGUCCCAGUCCUGACAAUGCCACAGCCCUGUCCACGAUAGAGACUAUCUACACCCAGCCCUUGGGGGCUUCGGAUCCUACCUUCCAGAGAGUCAAGCAAGCCUUAGAAAACCGCCCUCCGGAAGAACGCUAUAACCUUCAGUGGGAGAUAGGGGAGAUGUCUGCUACUACGCGACGUAUGUCGCGGUUCGUCCGGAUCAUACAUGGGGAUUGA